UAUUCUUUUGUUAAACUUAAGGAAACAACAUGUCAGGAAGAGGCAAAACCGGAGCUAAAGCCAGAGCAAAGGCCAAGACCCGCUCCUCCAGAGCCGGACUGCAGUUCCCCGUGGGCCGUGUCCACAGACAUCUGAGGAAGGGUAACUACGCCCAUCGUGUCGGUGCCGGAGCCCCGGUGUACCUGGCGGCGGUGCUGGAGUACCUGACCGCUGAGAUCCUGGAGCUGGCUGGAAACGCCGCCCGUGACAACAAGAAGACCAGGAUCAUCCCCCGUCACCUGCAGCUCGCCGUCCGCAACGACGAGGAGCUGAACAAGCUGCUGGGAGGAGUGACCAUCGCUCAGGGCGGCGUGCUGCCCAACAUCCAGGCGGUGCUGCUGCCCAAGAAGGCCGAGAAGGCUGCCAAGAAGUAAACACCCUGAAGCGACUUCUACUAAACAAAGGCUCUUUUAAGAGCCCCCACCUCAUCUGAAGGAGCACUGCCUAUUUAUUAUCACGC